AUGAGAACCCACAGUAGCGGCGCAAAGACAUUCAAACGAGGCCCCGACACUUUGGCCUUCAGCAACCCCUUUGCCCAGCUUCACGACAACGUGGACUUGCUUCUUGGCUACAACUUCUUUACGGGCAGGCGGGCCUGUGGAGACCGAGUCAGCCAUGUAGAUAUCACGAGCCCCAAGUAUGUUUUUGCUCACCUCGCUAACCUCGAUGCACGCCCGGCGUUGUUCUGUAUCAUUGGCGACCUCACCAUCUGCGGUGGCUACACCUACACCGGCCUCAAGAAUUGGGAAUGGACUGGGACUCAGGAAUCUCUUGUUCUCGAUCGUAAAGGGUCCGAUGGAAAAGACAUUGAUCCCGAUACGAAGUCACCGCAUGGGGCUGAGCAAGAAGCCGGCUUCCUUGAUCCCCCUGAUCACCCGAUGCCGGGCGUUAUCCCGCGUGUUGAGACCACAAACGUGAGCCAGUCUUCAAUAGCGUGCAUGGUGAUCUGGCCUGACCAGACGAAUGCCAAUGUUUCACAUUACCUAGGGGGUGAUUUGGUGAGGGCAUUGAACAGAUGGUUCUAA